AUUGGCCGGUGGGCUGGUUACUCCCGCCCUCCCUUGGGAGGCAGGGGGCGCUCGUGCUUGGUUAGUAAACACGGGGGAACGCAUGCGCAAGGCGGUCCUCAGCGAGGCCUGGUGUUGUCCGAGGCGUUUCGACCAGAACCCGUUGGAGGACUGAGGCCUUGUCUCCAGUUUUCUAUGUCUCCUUCAAGUUUGCUGAACUUCACACAUUCAUUGAUUAAAUUAAGUGGUGUCCCUCAGGCACCAAGACUUCAGGGAAAGCACCGUUUCCUGUUGCCUCAGUGGUCUGGCCUUUUAGUCCUCACAGCAGAAAAGAAGAACUUUACAGACCUUCUGCUGCUAAAUGAAACUGACUUGGAAGAGCAGUUUGUGCGAGGCUCCGGACCCGGAGGCCAGGCGACAAAUAAGACGAGCAACUGUGUGGUCCUAAAGCACGUUCCUUCUGGGAUUGUAGUCAAGUGCCAUGAAACACGAUCGGUAGACCAGAACCGCAAGAGAGCCAGAGAAAUCCUGCAGGAGAAAGUGGAUGUCUUCUACAAAGGUGAAACCAGCGAGGUUAUUCAAGAGAAAAAGGAAUUGCAGAAGAAGAAGCAAGAAAAGAGGCGGAAGGCGAACGAGAAUCUUGAAAGGAAGAGGCGUUUGAAAGAAAUGAAAGCACUGGAGGACAAUUAAGGAGCAUUUAGGCUGAAAAUGAAGAAAAGGCACCCGUUUUGGUUGCUCAAGGCUGUUGGAGAUGUCUCUGUGUUUUUCUGGUCUGCAGACGUGGGUGGGCUGGACACCAGUACCCCUGCCAACACUCGACGGGGUCUUCACCCUGCAUUGUCAGAACUGGUUCCCUUUAUGGGACAGUUGAAACUUGCAAGCAGGCUUCUACCACACACCCCUCUUCAGGGUGGGCCAGAGCUUUUUAGCAGUCUUCGAGGUAGAGGUGGCCCACAAUCAGAACUAUGGGCAGUAACACACACACACCCCGUUUCUUGCAACUGCACACCUUGUAUCAGCUGACAAACGAGACGCAAGGCAUUGUCGCAGACACAGGGAGUCGUCCCAAGAAAGUCGUGGCUCAACUGCGAAUCAGGAAGCAACACAAGAGAUGAGCUGACAACCAUCAUCUCCCCAAGGACUUGCCGUUCAAUGAUGCCCCUGAUUUUCACUCAGCUGCUUCCAUUUCUGUGCCUCUGCUGCCCUCUGCUGGGACUUCAGUUCCACUGAAUUACUGACACACAAGAUGCUUUUGCGGGAUUGCAAGGCAGUACAAUAUUUGUCCUCACUUCUCAGUAAUACAAACUGGUAAUGAAAAUAAGCUUUAUUACAUCAAGUAAUAAAUACAUACAAAGAUGCAAA